AUGGGGGUGUCCAACUUACCCUUGGAACGUUACGACAAUCUUAUUGGAUUCUUCGAGGUCGCAAUUUUGUCCGAUCAUCGAUUUAUCGGUGCUGGCCUCAUCAAUGUUCGCACCUCCAAAGGACGAGGUCACCAUUCCCACAAAGUCUGGAUUUGUAUUUUCGUCUGUUGUGCCUCCCGCUCAGUUCAUCUUGAGUCGGUUUCUGAUUACACAGCAGAAGCCUUCAUAGCUGCUUAUAUUCGCUUUACUUCUCGUCGUGGUCCUCGUCGAACGUUGUCUAGUGACGAGGGUACGAAUUUUGUGGGAGCAGAUCGUGAACUACAGGAAAUGUUUUCUGAGGCAUCAGCCAAGUUUGCUUCGGUCGCUACAUACCUUGCUUCGCAUGGUACCCAGUGGAAAUUCAACCCUCCUGCAGCACCUCACUUCGGAUGUUUAUGGGAAGCUGCAGUUAAGUCAACAAAAUUCCAUCUUCGUCGAGUCAUUGGAGACUCUCAAUUAACGUUUGACGAAAUGACCACUCUUUUAACACAAAUUAAAGCUUGCCUUAAUUCUCGGCCUCUCAGAGCUCAGUCAGAUGAUCCAACAGAUAUUUCUGCCCUCACACCAGGACAUUUUCUCAUUGGAGGUCCACUGAAUGCAGUUUCUGAACCAUCGCUUGCAGACGUUCUUCCACAUCGAUUAACUCGCUGGCAGUUGAUCCAGCAAAUGCGUGAUCAUUUUUGGAAGCGCUGGUCAGCUGAGUAUCUGAAAGAACUUCAACCUCGAUCCAAGUGGGCUACUUCAUAG